UGGGGGACACUCAGUUCAGCUUCCGAAUCCGCCAGUCGGGAGGACCGAGGAGCCCCUGGCAUGCUGACGAUGGUCACUACAGCAGCGGGGCACCUGUGUCGCUGCAGCGGGAGCCCGCGCACUACUUUGGCUACGUGUACUUCCGGCAGGUGAAGGACAGCUCCAUGAAGAGGGGCUACUUCCAGAAGUCGCUGGUGCUGGUGUCCCGCCUGCCCUUUGUCAGACUGUUCCAGGCGUUGCUGAGCCUGGUCGCCCCUGAGUACUUCGACAAGCUGGCGCCCUGCCUGGAGGCCGUAUGCAAUGAGAUUGACCAGUGGCCAGCCCCCACGCCAGGGCGGACCCUGAACCUACCUGUCAUGGGCGUUGUCAUCCAGGUGCACAUCCCAGCCAGAGUGGACCAGCCUGAGACCAGCCCCCCAAAGCAGUGCAGCCAGGAGAACCUACUACCUGCCCCGGUGGUCCUCACCAGUGUCCACGAGCUGGACCUGUUCAGGUGUCUUCAGCCUGUGCUGACCCAGGUGCAGACUCUGUGGGAACUCAUGCUGCUUGGGGAACCUCUGGUGAUCCUGGCACCCUCACCCUCUGUGUCCUCGGAGAUGGUGCUGGCCCUGACCAGCUGCCUGAGGCCCCUCAAGUUCUGCUGUGACUACCGCCCCUACUUCACCAUUCACGACAGCGAGUUCAAAGAGUUCACAACACGCACGCAGGCUCCACCAAAUGUAGUUCUGGGAGUCACAAACCCUUUCUUUAUCAAAACACUCCAGCACUGGCCCCACAUCCUCCGAAUCGGUGAGCCCAAAAUGUCAGGGGACCUUCCUAAGCAGGUCAAGCUGAAAAAGCCCUCACGCCUGAAGACACUUGAUACAAAGCCAGGCCUAUACACCGCAUACACAGCCUACCUGCACCGGGACAAGGCACUGCUCAAGCGGCUACUCAAGGGUAUGCAGAAGAAACGGCCAGUGGACAUGCAGAGUGCUCUGCUGAGGCGGCACCUCCUGGAGCUCACACAGAGCUUCAUCUUCCCCCUGGAGCACUACAUGACCAGCCUCAUGCCCCUGCAGAAAAGCAUCACACCCUGGAAGACGCCCCCCCAGAUUCGCCCCUUCCGCCAGGACGACUUCCUGCGCAGCCUGGAGCAUGCGGGGCCCCAGCUCACCUGCAUUCUCAAGGGCGACUGGCUGGGCCUCUACAGACGGUUUUUCAAGUCCCCCCAUUUUGACGGCUGGUACCGGCAGCGGCACAAAGAGAUGGCCCAGAAGCUGGAGGCGCUGCACCUAGAGGCCAUUUGCCAGGCGAACAUCGAGGCCUGGAUGAAGGACAAGUCCGAGGUGGAGGUGGUGGACCUGGUCCUGAAACUUCGGGAGAAGCUGGUACGGGCCCAGGACCACCAGCUCCCUGUGAAGGAGGAGACGCUGCAACGGACCCAGCUGUACAUCCAGAUGGUCAUCGGCUCCCUGCCCAAGGACCUGCAGGCUGUGCUGUGCCCUCCCUGAGGACCGGGCCAGGUGCACGGUCCCCGGAGGGCUUGUUUAUCCCCAGGUGGCUGCUGAACAUAAGCCCCCCCACUCAUCUGCAUCCCCACUGCUCCUUGGCCUCAGCCCCGCCCAGGCAGGAACCCCCGGCCCACCCUGCUAUUCUAGCAGUAAACGCAGCGUUUGGA